AACAAGAGCAGCACCUGCAGCGCUGGGCUCACAGGCUGAGGAGGAGGGGGACAACACUGCGCUCAGAACCCCCCGCCAGGAUAUUCAAUGCAGGAUGCAGGUCCCACCUCUUGAAUGGGUGUCCCCCCAACCUUUCUCCUUCCUGCUGGUGAGGCAGGUGAAGAAUGUGUGAAGAGAUGCUCUUGUGUGCUGUCUGAGGUGGUGAAGAAAUGGCCUAGCAUGCCACGCCGCCGUGCCACCCUUUCUUUAAACUUUGUUACCUUGGCUGGCAAUGUCACAGCAUGAGGCCCAGAGGAAUGGAGGUCACAGCUGCCAAGUUUCCUCUUGGUCGAAUAUGAAUAAGGACUUAUCAGCUAACAUCAAGAACCUUGAGUUUAUCGAGGUCCAUGACAUUGCCAUUGACGACGAUAUUCACAAUCUGGGCAAAUGGAAUCGAAAGAGUUCUCAGUCUCACACUCUUCCAGACUUCCAUCACAGCCAUUUUGUUUCCAUCGGUGAGAGCAACAGUGUCACUUCACUGGAUUCCGGCAUCCCGACCCUUGAGAUCGCCAACCCGGAACCGGUCCAUUGCAACGUCAGGUCAAACUGUAUGAAUGGGGCUGUUGGAGAUAAAAGAGUCUUUCAAAGCUCCAAAAGUAUUCCCAGUAGUAGUACCCCAUCUCUGAGGAACUCUGAAAGUGAUCAUGUCGUCUGGAAGUCCUCCACGUUUCCUAGGUCCGGCUAUGACACCGCCAAGCUCUACAGCCCGACUUCUCUUAACAGAAGCGAUGAUAUCUCUGACUGCAGUGUUUCCAGCCUCAGCACAGACUUCUCCACCACUUUAUCGGUGAGCAAUGAGGACAUUGUGGACUUCUUGGUGACCAGCAACUCAAGUGCAAUUGUCAACUUGGAAAAUGAUGAAACACAUUUUUCAGAUGUUACUUUGAACUCUGGAAGGGACAAUUCAGAUGCAACUCUUAAAGGCUAUACGCAGGACGUCGAUGCCGACAGUAAAAUCAGAAUACUGGGACCGAUCAGUAACUUCUUCAACAGAGGCAUUUUUGCACGGAGGAAGAGCGUCCAAGUGGAAAAACAGAAUGAAAUCGGGUGGAAAUUAUUUGGAAAAGUCCCUCCUCGUGAAAUUCCUCCUAGCUAUUCAGGGAAAGUACCAAAGGAAUAUGAAGACAGAAUUGGACAAGCUUCAAAGUCUCCAUCCCCAAAGCAGAAUGUAAGGAAGAGCCUUGUGUUUGAACCCCUGUCCACAACAGCCCUUAUAUUGGAAGACCGGCCAGCAAACCUUCCGGCCAAACCAGCGGAGGAAGCCCAGAAACACAGACAAGAAUAUGAAGAAAUGGUGGCCCAAGCUAAAAGGAGAGAAUUUAAAGAUGCCCAGAGAAAGAAAAAACAACUGGAGGAGAGGUGCAAACUGGAGGAAAGCAUUGGAAACGCCGCUCUCAUGUGGAGCAAUGAGGUUCUGCCCAACUGGGAAUCCAUGUGCUGUUCUCGAAAAGUUCGAGAGAUGUGGUGGCAGGGGAUCCCACCGAGCGUGAGGGGAAAAGUCUGGAGUUUGGCAAUUGGCAAUGAGUUAAAUAUCACUCACGAGCUCUACGAUAUCUGUUUAUCUCGGGCUAGGGACCGAUGGAAAUCGCUGAGCAUGGGAGGGUCCGAUGGGGAAAAUGAAGACUCAGGUUUGUCUGCAUCGGACAGGGAAGCCAGCCUGGAGCUAAUAAAAUUAGAUAUCUCCCGGACAUUUCCAAAUCUGUGUAUAUUCCAGAAGGGUGGUCCCUAUCAUGACAUGCUGCACAGUAUUUUAGGGGCCUACACUUGCUACCGACCUGAUGUUGGUUAUGUACAGGGCAUGUCGUUUAUCGCUGCUGUGCUGAUCCUGAACCUAGAUACUGCUGAUGCCUUCAUUGCGUUUUCAAACCUCUUGAAUAAACCUUGUCAGAUGGCAUUCUUCAGAGUAGACCAUGGCCUUAUGUUAACUUACUUUGCAUCAUUUGAAGUAUUUUUUGAAGAAAAUUUGCCGAGAUUAUUUGCCCAUUUCAAGAAAAAUAAUCUGACCCCAGAUAUCUACCUAAUAGACUGGAUUUUUACCCUGUACAGUAAGUCUCUACCACUGGAUUUGGCGUGCCGGGUUUGGGAUGUUUUCUGCCGUGACGGGGAGGAGUUUCUUUUCAGAACUGCCUUGGGAAUACUAAGACUUUUUGAAGACAUUUUAACUAGAAUGGACUUCAUUCACAUUGCCCAGUUUCUGACCAAGCUCCCGGAGGACUUAACCGCUGACGACUUAUUUGCCUCUAUCGCCGCAAUUCAGAUGCAGAGCCGGAACAAGAAGUGGGCUCAGGUCCUGUCCGCUUUACAGAAAGAUACUCGUGACACGGAGAACAGGAGCCCCGCUCUGAAACGCUGAAUAUCAACUCAGGAUGGAACUUAAAGGAUUUUGUUUUCAACCAAGAGAGAACAUAAUUCUACUUCAGGACUUUGUGUAACACUGGAAUUGGCCUUAAGACAUUUAAGUCAGUACUUGGCAAAUAUUGCCUUGAAUCUGUGAGGCCAGGCCUCAGCCUGUGCAGUAGUGCAAUAGUGUUUUUUUAUUUUUUAUUUUUUCCAUUGCAGAGAACAACACGCACUUCUUGAAGUGAAAGUCCAAGUUAUAUGACGACAUUCUGAGUUUCUGCAGUCACCACUAGAGGGAGUUUAGCAGUUUCCUGCAUACUGUUCAUGCAUUGAAUUCAAUAGUGAAUCUGUAUGCAGUAAGCUCUUAAGCUCCCCCUAAUGGUGACUGCAGAAUUGUAUCAACGUAACACUGUCUAUGCAGGGGAUGAGGAGCUGUGUAACAGAAAACGGUUCCAACCAUUAUAAAGAUAUUAAGAAACUAAUCGGGACCUAGUUGGCGUACAAAAAGGGGGGGAAUUUCACUUUAUGCAUUUUUCACAAGGACCAUGGUUUCUAGUUGUCACAAUGGCAGCUGAUAAAUUCUGCUGCAGGAAAUUGGUAGUGUUCACACCAUAAACUUGGUUAAAGUAAAAAAAAAAAAGACCAAAGAUGUUUGUGAAAUACAGCUGUAGAAGACCAUAGUCUAGAAUUACCUACAUUCUUUGGUUCUCCAACAGUUUUAAAACUACAACUCCCAACAUGCCCUGGUAUGUUGUAUCCAGAGGGAGGCAGGCUUCAGGGUUUUCAGGUACCAUUGAUGCCUCUGUGUUUCACUCCCUGCAGAGUGUGGGAUGGAUGGCUGGCCGGGCAGGGACUUUCGGAGUUUACUUUUAGAAAAUCUGAUUAAUAAGGCAGAGAUUGUGAGCGACAUAAUGUGUGCUGCCUCCCCUUCUCAUCCCUCUGCUGAGCAUCAUGGUGUGACUGCUGGCAGGCUUAUUUUACUUCUCUAUGGCAAACCAGUUGAACUGCUGAGUUAUAUGAGACAGCCUGGAUGCUAGGAAUACACUAUAUAUAAUAGACUCCACUCAAGGUUGCUAUUGGGCCUUUAGCUAAGGGUGGCUUUAGUAUUUAUGGUUAAAGGGAACCUGUCACCGGGAUUUUGGCCAUAGAGCUGGG